AUGUUAAUGAUUGCAAUUUUCCUUAAGCCUAAACUAUAUUUAGUUGUAUAGGAAUGUCUUUGGCUUUAAUAAUAGGCUUUCAUCCUCACAUUUUUGGUUGUAUUUUUAAACUACAGAGAUAAUGUUAACAUAGUUAUCAAGAAUUUAGUCUUACAGACUUUAGUCAUUUCUCAAAUUUAUGAUUUGUUUUGGAAUCUACCUUUUAGAAAUCCUAAGAUCAUUAUAACGUAUGGUUCAAUCAAUAGCAAUAUUCACUUCUAUAAUUUCUGCAGCAAUGAUAGUUUGUUGGAAUUACAAAUAUUAACAAGUUAUGAAAAUGGAUGA